GGCAUUGCGAUAUAAGUGUGCGACUGACAUUUGAAUAGGAAACAAUGAAAUGCGUGUGGGUUUCGCGUCUGUCACGGGCCUGCACACGAUGGAUGGGUCGGUGGCCAUCGGUCACGGAGUGCGGAGCUGUCCGUUAAGUCGGUUGAUGACCUCAGAGACAGGGGCAGUUGAGGUUGGACGCGUAGGCAUGGCACGGGCCAGAGGCGGAGGAGUGGUAGAGGACCUGCCCGGGCCCCGGCUGGGCCCCAAGUUGUGUGGUGCGCCGCCGUCCAAAGGCGGCCACGUUGCUCAGUGAAGGCGCAGUGGACGCGUGUUGGACCCAGGAACGCGGCCACGUAGCUAGGUAUGGCGUUGCGACGUGUGUUGAGCCAGGAAGGGUGCCACGUAGCCUGUGUCGUACGGGCACCCCAUGCAGUAGUAUUUAGGCUGUAGCGGAGCCGUGCUAGGCCAUUCCGUGCCCUACAGGGAGAGACCCUGCCCAAAGACGGCCUUCGGUAAACAAGACUCAAGACUCCCCCAUUCAAGUCCUUGUAACGGACAAGUUGC